AUGUCGCAACAUCCAUAUUACCCUUAUUCUCAAGAAGGUUGUCAAAUGCAGCAAGGUUCUUUCCCUUCAUGGCACAACCGACGUUAUUUACCAGCUGUUGACGUGGUAUUGGAAGGCGGAGGAAGGAAAAAGGGAAGUUUCAACGCUCUUCAACAAUUUGUGAAUGAACGACAGAGACAAGAAGAUGACCAAAAACGUCGCUUGUCCGGACAAGAGCAUGCCCGACAGCAAAAGCAACAAAAUAACUGCAUCGAUAACAACAGUGGUACUAACAAAGAUGGUAAAAUACCACUAGUUAACGACGAUACUAGUAGAAAAAUUGGCUCUCUGGUGAAAGAUACUACCUCAGGACCCGCAAGAUUUGCUCACGCAACAGCAGCAGAAAAUACAGCGGAAAGUGAAAGCGACAAUUAUACCCAAACGCGUCCAUCCGCUGAUCUUGCUGCUAACCGUACCGAAGUCGCGGAUGAUGAUAAUUUCCUAAAAGUCAGUCAUUAA